AAAAAAGCCUACGCAGAAUGCCAUAUUAAAUGAAUUUCGUGAGGCACGUGAGAAAGGGUGGCGGUCAGGCUGCGAACAACAGCACUCAGUCUGGGCAGAGCACCUGAGCGGGAUAGACGCGCGCCGCCACUCCAUACUUCUGGCCUUGGCCCGGGCUGUGUUGCGGAGCUCCUAGUGACAUCUGGAGUACACGCUUGAGAUCAUAAGGUUACAUGGUAUUGCCACCCGUGUUGAUUUGUGUCCCAUCGCUAAUAGUGAAGUGAAAGAUGGAAAGUAAGUGAAUGUGAACUAAAAUGACUGUGUGUUCACGGCUACGACCUCAUCAUUGUCAACGGCACCUACCGCCCCUUCCGCUGUGCCAACUGGCCACGUUUCCUUCUCCUUAAUUCAUCUGGAAAGUUAGCCAAACUUUAGUCACGAGAAAGAGAGCGAAGGAGCGAAGCACCAGUCCAGUGGCUGGGCUGCAUCUCGGAUCCCGACUGGGAACACCUAAGCAAGAUGGGUGGCUGUGGCUGUGGCGGCGCUGCAUCACCGCUCACCUGUACCGUCUUGUGGCUCCUCGUCUUCGUGUGUGUGGCACGAGUGGGCGGCAGGGACGUCGGGAGCAAAGCACUGGUGGCAGCGAGACUCAGGCACGAGAGGGGCUUCAGCCGGCACCACCAACAACACUAUCAGCAAUUUAUUGGGAGUAUCAGUGGCAACAGCGACAGCGGCAGCACCACCAACAACGCAGCAGAAACUGCUGAGGACUCUCAAGACCCUAAGAUCCUAACCCCAAGGAGCACCCAUGUGAGCACCAGAGUGGGCCAGGCAGCAACAUUCAACUGCGUCGUGAGACACCUGGGAAACAGACAGGUUUCGUGGAUCCGAGGUCGAGACCUGCACGUGCUCAGCUCGGGCCAGGUGACGUUCUCGUCAGACGCGAGGCUCAGCGUGUCUCACUCUGAGGAUUCGUGGACGCUCACCAUCAAGUUUUCGCAACCCCGCGACGCCGGCACCUACUCGUGCCAGGUCAACACUCAGCCGCCGCAAGCCGUGUGGUACAACCUCACUGUUAUAGAGGCGCGAGCUAACAUCCUUGGGAAGGAAAUUAUCUACUUACAGUCCGGCAGCACCGUAUCCUUGGUGUGUGUCAUCAAGGAACAGCUGGUGAUCCCGGGUCUGGUGCUGUGGUAUCAAGAUGACCGCCUGGUGGAGCGACAGUCAUCGAGGGUGAAGGUGUCCACCACGGUAACCAACGUCACCACGAGCACACUGACGGUAGAGGCGGCGAGACUGCAAGACUCAGGCAACUACUCGUGCUGGCCUUCUGCUGGCCGCCCCGACAGUGUCCUCGUGCACGUCAUACAAGGAGAUCCACCGGCAGCCAUGCAGCACGGCAGCUCCGCCCCGGGAGCGUGUCCCUUGCUGCUCGUGCCCAUGGCUCUCACUUCGCUCAUGUUUCUCCUGACGUGACCCUCAGGCGACCUCCUGCAGCUGUCCCCUCUACCUCUCGCCAGGGUGACGCAGGCGCCCUAAUCAUCAGGGUGACGCUGCCUCCAGCAUCAAACUCCAAAACCACCAAGUAAUGGUGACGAAACGGCAGCAUUCACCAUUAAGAAUGGUGAUAGUAAUUAACACAACACGGUCAGUGCAACCCAAACGUCGUCUUUGAUCUACAACUUAACUAAUUUGUUUUCCCGUCACGAGUAUUAUCUCUCUCUCUCUCUCUCUCUCUCUCUCUCUCUCUCUCUCUCUCUCUCUCUCUCUCUCUCUCUCUCUCUCUCUCUCUCUCUCAGUGUAUUGUGUAUAGGCCAUCGUUACAGAGACUUGCUGGGUAAACCCAGUGACCUCUGCAGCUCAAAGCUUUGGCGUAAGAGUACAAUGACGACUCCAUUACUUACUCUUAUUUUGAUCUGCAAAACAACACAAUUGAAUGUGUCUUUUGUUCUUUUGAAAUACUUCUUUUUUUUUAUAUCUCAGAAGACUGAUAAGCUGUGCAAUCAUUCCUUGUAACACAUAUCUGUCAAGCCAUCACUGAACAUGGUCGCCUGCCUGGACACAGGCGAGCGGGCAACAGUACUACAGGAUCGAGGUGCACUGGCUGAGUCAGGAAGCGUCACUUAUGUCGUUCGACGCACAGUGCGAGGCUCCAAGAGACUCAGCAUUACGUGGUGCAUAUACAAUAACAAUAAUAGAAAAAUAAGAUUCCAUAAAAUUAGGAUCUUUUAUUAAAUAAAUUCCAGUACGCUGGAAAGGCACAAUAUCUUUUACUGUUUGUAUAAAGCCAUAUUUUUAGAGGAAAAUGUGUACGAUUAUUGUAAUAUAUGUAGCUGAAAAAUAAAUACAUUAUGCGGAGAUCUUUGGGACUUCAAUAUCUUUGCAAGAAUCAUGGAUGCCAGUUCGUGUGUUGCAUUAAAACCUGUGCGUUGUUGAUUCUACACAACAAAGACAAGGGUUUUCAGUAUUGUGUACCAUUAAUUCUUUACAAGUGAGAAUGUGUUGCGAGGAAAAAAUGAACACCAGGUGAAGGAAAACACUGUACCAGGUGAAAAAAAAAGUGAGAAAAAGAGAAUAACGAUGACAAAAAAAAAAAAAAACCAGUGCUCACAUGGUAACGCAGAUGAUGGCAGUGAAGAGAAAAUUGUGGUGCCAAUGUGACCAAAGUGGGAGGCAAUGAUAGACAUUUAUCUUUCAACAGCCUCCGAAUAUUCUUCCUACACUGUAUUAUCCGAAAUAAAGUACCUAUGUCA